GACAUUUGUCUAUUUUGUAAAAGUAUGACUUUUACGGAAAAUUUGCAUAUUUUGCGUUUACACACAUACACACACCUGACGUCAUAUCCUGCUGGAUGAUGACUUGACUGGAGUGUUAAAACAACAAGACGUCGACGAAAGAGAUCAAGUGAAUAAAUGUGUUAAAAUUUAACCUUAUUCCUGAAAAUGGAGACGAGCGACGAUGAACAGGGAAACAAACCGUUACUCUUUCAGACUGAUGAACCACGCAGGAGAAAGUUUGAUUGUCUCUCCUUUCUAAAAAGAAAGAUUUGGAUACUUGUGUUUGCUUUUGCAGGCGUACUUGCCUUGGCUGUGAUAGUUGGUCUAGUGGCGACCAAGUCAAAUUCUUCAAAAUAUGGAUGUUAUGACUACACGGACAGUGACAAGUGUUUUUUCACUGGACAGAUCCGUUUGCCAAAGGAUAUCAAACCGAUGACUUACAAAGUUAGAUUACAUCCAGAUCUAAAGACGUUCAAGUUCAAUGGCAGUGUUGUGAUUAAAAUUUUAGCUCUGGCCCACACGAACAGAAUCGUGUUUCAUCAAAAAGGUUUAAAUUUUAGCAAAGAUGAAAUAAUUAUAAAAGGAGUUGAAGACGACGAAAAAAUUGCAGUUCGUGAUAUGCGUUUGGAUUUGAAAAAUGAACAAGUUUUGAUCAAAACGGCUCGUUUCUUACGGAAAAAUCAUGCGUAUACAAUAAGAAUAUCAAUUUUUAAUGGCAAUCUUAAUGAAAAUUUGGAAGGAUUUUACAAAAGUUCUUACAAAACUUCAUCAGGAGAAAUAAGAUAUUUGGCCACAACACACUUUGAAGCAACAGCAGCACGUCAGGCCUUUCCAUGUUUUGAUGAACCAGCCAUGAAAGCUAAUUUCACAAUUAUUUUGGUUUAUGUAAAAGGUUUUGUGCCAUUAUCUAAUAUGCCUGCAGAAAAAACGAGGAAUCUUGGCAACAAUCUUCUUGAAACACAGUUUAUGGAAAGCGUAAAAAUGAGCACCUAUCUUGUUGCUUUUGUUGUGUGUGACUUUAAAUUUGUGGAAGGUGUUACCAAAAGAGGCGUAAAGAUCCGUAUCUGGGCACCAUCAGAACUAAUCAAUAGCACAGGUUUGGCAUUAAGAAGUGCCAAAGUUGUUUUAAACUAUUACGAGGAAUUUUUUAAUGUUAAAUAUCCAUUACCAAAACAAGAUCUUAUUGCAAUUCCCGAUUUUUCUGCCGGAGCGAUGGAGAACUGGGGCUUAAUUACAUAUCGUCUCACCUCAUUACUGAGUAACCCUUCACAAUCAUCAACUAGUAAUAAGCAAUGGGUUGAAACAGUAGUAGCUCAUGAACUUGCUCAUCAGUGGUUUGGUAAUCUUGUGACAAUGAAAUGGUGGGACGAUCUGUGGUUGAAUGAAGGCUUUGCUUCAUAUGUUGAAAAUAUAGGAGUUAAUGUAGCUGAUCCUGACUUAAAGAUGAUGGAUCAAUUUGUUGUGUCAAAUAUUCAAAGGUCUAUGCAUCUUGAUCAACUGGCAAAUUCUCAUCCUAUAUCAGUUGUUGUGCAAAAUCCCAGUGAGAUUUCUAGUCUCUUUGAUGAUAUUUCUUAUCAUAAGGGAUCCUCUUUGAUCAAUAUGUUAAGCAAUGUUAUGAAGGAAAAGAAUUUCUUGGCUGGCAUCACGUCUUAUCUCAAAAAAUUUCAAUACAGCAAUGCGGCAACAGACGAUCUUUGGCACUCACUUAGUGAGAAUGCGACAAUUGAUGUUAAGAGCAUGAUGGACACAUGGACACUUCAGAUGGGAUUUCCCCUGGUUACAAUUACAAAACAAGAUGAUGGAAAAUAUAUUGCAACUCAAGAACAUUUCCUUAUAGAUCCCGGAGCAAAACCAUCCUUGAAAUCUCCUUACAAUUAUAAAUGGCAAAUUCCCUUAACUUAUUACAUUGACAAUGGUUUCUCUACAUCAAAUCCAGUUUGGAUGAAAGAAAACCAAAUUUCACUGAAUAUCGACAUGAGGAAAAAUGGAUGGUUAAAAUUCAACAUAAAUCAAACUGGUUAUUAUCGUGUCAAUUAUCCACUUGACAACUGGAAAAAUUUAGCGAAAACAUUGAUACACAAUCACCAGAAAAUUUCAUCGUCCGACAGAGCCGGCUUACUUGAUGAUGUUUUUGCUUUAGCAAGAGCUGGCAAAGUAAAUUACACAACGGCAUUAGAUAUGAGUUUAUACCUUCAUCGAGAGAAAGAUUAUGUUCCUUGGAGAGCGGCGAUGCUUUCCUUGUCUUAUAUUGGAGCUAGGUUAUCUAUGACUUCAUAUUAUGGAUUGUAUCAGAAUUAUAUUUUAUCUAAAGUAAAUCCCGUUCUUGAUGAACUAAAUUACAAUGAUACUGGCUCUGCCUUACAGAGGUAUUUACGGGACACGUUAUUUAGUACUGCAGCGUACUAUGAUCAUAAACCAGCUGUAAAGAAAGCUAUGGAAAUGUUUGAAAGUUUCAUGUCGAAAAAUGAAAGCGUACCUCCUAAUUUCCGAAUCAUUGUUUAUGAAGCUGGUGUGAGGCUUGGCACUAGGAAAGAAUGGGAAUUUAUGUGGAGAAAAUACAAAAAUGAGAUAGAAGCAGAAGAGAAACGCAAACUGCUGUCAUCUCUAUCCUCAACACGAGAAGCUUGGCUUUUACAAAGAUGUCUUGAGUACGCUUUGAAUACAAGUUUAAUCAAAUCUCAAGACGGUGAUUCUGUCAUCAUUUCUGUUGCUUCAAAUCCAAAUGGUAGAUUAUUGGCAUGGGAUUUCCUCCGAAGUCACUGGUCAACGUUAAGAAAACGUUACGGAUCUGAAGCGUUCUCCUUUGGUCGUCUUCUCAAAGCUGUUACUUCACAUUUUCAAACUGAGUUUUACUACAACGAGGUGCAAUCCUUUUUCAAAGUAAACUCAGAUGUUGGAUCUGCAGCGAGAAGUCUUAAGCAGUCGUAUGAAACCAUCCGGUCAAACAUCAGAUGGAUUAAUGAACAUGAAAACGAGGUAGUGGAUUGGUUAAAACGGCAUAAAUCAAGGGUAUUGUAACUUGGACACCCCCCCUGUAAAGGAUUCAUUGGUAAUUCAAAGGAUUAAUUUUAUUGAUAAAUAUUUAAUUUCGUUUGAGGAAAUUCCUAUACGUAGUUUAUAUUUUCGUGAUCAUCACGUGGUAUAAAUCACGUGAUAUGAACGUCAUUUUACCACAGGCAACCCAGGUGUGCUUAUCUUUAUUCAUAAGUUUUCAAGCACUCCUAGACUGUCAAUGGUUUUAGUUUGGUUGAGAUUACGUAAUCUGAAUGUAGUUUAAAUUACGUAAUCUAAAUGUACUUUAAAUUACGUAAUCUAAAUGUACUUUAAAUCACGUAAUCUAAAUGUAGUUUAAAUUACGUAAUCUAAAUGUAAUUUAAACGAAGAAUCGCGAAACUCCAUUGCAUUUCGUGGUUAAUGGUUUUAAAUCAAAACAUUUUUCAAAAUCUAAAUUUCAGUUUCAUUAAAUUUCCCUAACUAUAUAAAGAUUCAUUUUUGAUAUUUAUUAUUGAAUUUUGGUUGGUUGGUUGUAAUUUCCACAUUUGCCAACUAAACAUCAUUCAUUAUAUUGUAAAUUAGUGAUGAAAUUAUAUUUCAUGUAGAUAAUCUAUGAAAAUCGUGCAUUAUUAAAUGUACAUUGGGCAUUAA